AUGGCUACUUUGAGACCUGCGAUUGAUGUCGAUGAGGCUGAUGUGCUGGUUUUUACACAGGGUCUGGAGCGUGCAAGUAAAGUGACCGUGCAAAUUAACAAAUCUCUCCGAAAUAUAGCCACGACUACUGGCCAUUCCAGCCGCUUAUUUGCUCCAAUCAUUACAAGGAACAAUGUUCUAUCAACCUUACAGAGAAACAUUGAAAGUGCUCUAAAUUCUGUUGCGUCCGUGAAGGAUCUAGCAAAUGAGGCAUCGAAGCAUGAAAUGGUACUGAGGAAAGGCUUCCGGGAGGUUGGAUUGAAGCAGUAUAUUCAAGCAAUUCAUAAACUAGACGAUAUGUUAGAUGAUAUCAAGGCAGGGAAUUUCAAGAGGACUGAUAACUCUGAGUUUACAGGGAUACAAACACAUUUAAAGGAUCUGAUAAGGAAAAGCGAGACAAACUUGAGAGUUUACUUUGUAUCUGUGUUACGAACUAUCAAGCCAUUUGAUCCUCAAAUUAACAUUAACAAAAAGAUACCUUUUCCUUACUAUAACGACGAGCAAUUGGCCGAGAUGGCUUUAAUAAUAGAUUAUUUCCAUAAUACUUUCUCUGAUGCUGCGCCAAUCGAGGAUGUGUUUAUACAGGAAAGAAGUGAAAUGAUACUAAAAUGUAUGGCCUUUCUGGAGCCGUUUGCAAAGAAAGUUGCAAGUAGCGACAAUACACCCUAUGAAAGAGAUAGCGGUUCCUUGCUGAGUUAUACGGAAGCGCUAUCGGGGUUUGUUGCUAACGAGAAAUCGCUGGUUGAUGACUUGUAUUUGCAAGAAUUGGAGCUUAAACCGAAAGUCUUUACCGGUACUAUUAAACCGCUGCUCGGUGCAUAUGUGAAGUUGGUAGAGACAAACUUGGCAUAUGUGCGAAAGAAUCUCGAGAAUGCCGGUAUUUUGAGCUUUGAGCUUGCCGAUAGUGUCCAUAACGUUAGGAGGGCACUAAAAGGUGGUCCUUUAGAAAAUUAUGGGCCUAUAAGCGAAUGUUCCAAGAACGUGCAUACAGUUACACAAUCGCUAUUCAAAGAUGUAAUACAGCGUAUUGGCACUAAGGUGAAUCAAAUGUCGGCAAUACCUGCUGAUAAUGGUGUGACAGAGAGUACUGUUGAUACCAUGUCGCGUUUGAGGAAGUUCAGUGAGUACAAAGCAGGUUGCCUUGGCGCGAUGGAGAAUAUGAGAAGAGAAAUGUGGCUUCCUACGCCCCAUAAGGAGAAGGAAUUUACUUUUAAUGUAAGUCACACUUUGAGAGAACCAUCUGCGCUUUUGUCAUGCUUUUUGAGUGAUUGUAUCGAUCUUCUCAUCGUCAGCUUAGAGCGGAGGGCCCAACGUAUUCUGAUGCCCAAUCAAGAACCAGACGUUGCCAAUCCGAACAGUAGCAAGAACACUCAUAAACCACGCAUAGGUUUCUUCAUUAUUAUGAAUAUGGCUCUGAUCGAGCAGAUUGUUGACAAAUCAAAUCUUGGUGAAUUACUGGGUUCUGAAGGCCACGUAAGGAUGGAAAAGUUAAAGAAGCGGUACAUCAACUAUCUUGUUUCCGACUGGAGAGACCUUGCAAGUAAUUUAAUGGAUUCCGUCUUUGUCGACAGUACCGGGAAGAUCUCCUCCAAGGAUAAGGAUCAAAUAAAAGAGAAAUUCAAGAGAUUCAACGAAGGCUUCGAGGAAUUAGUUUCAAAAUACAAGCAGUACAGGUUAUCUGAUCCAGGGCUGAAAGCAAUGUUGAAGUCAGAAAUUGUUUCUUUAGUAAUGCCCAUGUAUGAGAGGUUUUACAGAAGAUACAAGGACUCUUUCAAGAAUCCAAGAAAACACAUCAAGUAUCUACCAGAUGAGCUGACAUCUGUUCUUACUCAGUUAGGUAAGUGA